ACACCAACUGUGGCCAAAUUCGCUCCCAGCCACUUUCCUACCCAGCCUAGUCCCGAGAAGCGACUCCCAGCGGUCGCCCACUGCGCAGGCGCACAACCCUCGCCCGCAUGCGCACUCCGAGCUGCGGGCUGAGGAAAUUCCUUUUUACACGCCUCUGCGGCAGCCUCCUGUGUCUUCUCCCACCUUCUGCAUUUUCCUAGUCCCUGCAGGACUUAAGUAGUGUUUGGAGAAAGUAUCAUGGAAGUUCUGCGCCCACAGCUUAUAACAAUUGAUGGACGGAAUUACAGGAAGAAUCCUAUCCAAGAAAAGACUUAUCAACACGAAGAAGAUGAUGAUAACUUCUAUCAAGACUCCGUGGAGUAUUCUGAUGAGCCUUGUGAUGCCUACGACGUGGAGCAGACCCCUCAAGGAUUCCGGUCUACUGUGAGUGCUCCCAGCCUGCUCUACAAGCAUAUCGUUGGAAAGAGAGGGGACACUAAGAAGAAAAUAGAAGUGGAGACAAAAACUUCUAUUAGCAUUCCUAAACCUGGACAGGAUGGAGAAAUUGUGAUCACUGGCCAGCAUCGAAAUGGUGUCAUUUCAGCCCGAACUCGGAUUGAUGUUCUUUUGGAUACUUUUAGAAGAAAGCAGCCCUUCACUCACUUCCUUGCCUUUUUUCUCAAUGAGGUUGAGGUUCAGGAAGGAUUCCUGAAGUUCCAGGGGGAAGUACUGGAGAAGUGCUCCAUGGUAAGUAGCAAAUAA